AUGCCGACUGCUGCCACAAUCGAAUCGGACAACGCUCAGGACGGCGGUGGGGCCAACCUCCGUCGAGCUAAAUCUUUCGCCAAGACGAAGGACCAGUGGAACUUCCGUCCUCCUGCAGAAGAUGUCUAUGAUCGUUUGGAAGAAUUCUUCCCCAAAAUCGAUCUCGACAAGCCAGUCGUCCAGGCGCCAACGCUUGAAGGUCUGCCCGAGACAGCCCAACAACCGACAGAGACGAUACAGACACCAGUGCCUAAGCCUCAUCGCCAACCGGGCUUCAACAAGGCGGAUGCGCGUAAAUCCAUCCGGUUUGUGGCGGAAGGCCGGAAAAAACACCUCAGCAAGAUCGCACCGGCAGUCAAACAGCAGGGAUCGUCGCUCGAGCGCAAGAGGUCAUCUAGCAUGUGGGGACACAAGGUGGUCGAGGUCACCCCGGCGGGUAUCGAGCAGGGAAAACUACCUCCUGCGCCGAUUGAAGAGACUGUGUCUGACGAUGGACCGGUGACCAUGACGUGGGUAAAGGGAGACCUUAUCGGCAAGGGAACUUAUGGUCGAGUCUACCUUGCUCUGAACGCCACGACGGGAGACAUGAUUGCGGUCAAGCAAGUCGAGAUGCCUCGAACCGACACCGAACGGGAAGAUGCUAGACAGACUGGGAUGAUCGAAGCUCUCAAAUCGGAAAUUGCCUUGCUCAAAGAUCUUGACCAUCCUCAAGUCGUUGCCUACCUCGGUUGGGAAGAAUCACCAGAAUUUCUCUCGAUUUUCUUGGAAUACGUGCCUGGUGGUUCUGUUGCGUCCGUCUAUCGACGGCACAAAAAGUUUGAGGAGCAGGUCAUCAAGUCUUUCACCAUGCAGAUUCUGGACGGGCUUGCCUACCUGCACUCCCUGAACAUUCUGCAUAGGGACCUGAAGGCGGACAACAUUUUGGUCGACCAUAACGGGACGUGCAAGAUCUCCGAUUUCGGAAUUAGCAAAAGGACAAAUGACGCCUACGACUCGAUCAUCUCGACCAACUUGAAAGGUUCCGUCUUCUGGAUGGCACCUGAGGUCGUACACUCGGUCAAGGGGCAAGGAUACUCUGCCAAGGUGGAUAUCUGGAGUCUGGGAUGUGUGGUGUUGGAGAUGUGGGCCGGACGUAGGCCUUGGGGAGAUAUGGAAGCGUUGGCCGCCAUGUUCCAGCUCGCGAACACGAGAGCGGCUCCACCUGUACCUGACGACGUUACUCUCUCACCCGUGGCGGACGACUUUUUGAACAAGAAAUGCUUUGCACCCAGUCCCAGGGAUCGACCGGUCGCUGAGGAACUGCUGCGACACCCUUUCAUCACGGAUCGGGAUCCUAAUUGGACGUUUAUGGACUCGAAGAUUGGUAGGGCAGUCGCUGCCGGUACGAAGAGGAGGAGGGUCGAACCUAGCCAAGGAUGA